UCCAAACAGCGACAUGACCGAGCUACAGGGGUUUUUUACCGCAAUAACGGAAACACGCACAAUCAGAUCCGUCUGACUUUUUGUGCUGUCUUUUGGUCAAGAAGAAAAAAAAUAGAGUUUAUAAAAGUUUUUAAAGUUCGUUAUAACUUUAUUUAUUCUCACUAAAAAAAUAUAUUUUCAGUGUUUAUUUAUUUAUUUUUUAGCUAGUUUUUUUUUUUUUACAUUAUUUACUUUUAUAAAUUGAAUUAAAUUACAAAAAAAAUCAUAAAUUUAAAAAGUACAACAAUUAAAAACAAACAAAUAAAUAAUAAUAAUAAUAAUAAUAAUAAUAAUAAUAAUAAUAAUAAUAAUAAUAAUAAUAAUAAUAAUGGGGGUUAUCGGAGAACCGGUUGAAAUCACAAGCGAAGAGCUCGUGCAGAUGCUCGUGACACCGGAGAUCAGCGGUGCGCUGCUGCUGCUGGACUGCCGUCCGUUCCUCGCUUUCUCGCGCGCGCACAUCUGCCGCGCUCACAACGCCGCGUGGAACUCGCUGCUGCGGCGCAGGUGCAGCCGUGGCACGGAAUCCGGCGCGCGCCUCGACUGCCUGCUCGCCGACAGGUCUCUGCUGGGGCGCGUGCGCACCGGGGAAUUCCGCCAGAUCGUGGUGCUGGACGAGAAAAGCCGCGCGGUCACCGAGCUGGAGCGCGAGAGCAUGACGGGUCUGGUGCUGUGCGCGCUCCAGAGAGAGCUGCACGCGGGCACGGCGCGGAUCUGCUUCCUGCAAGGGGGAUUCGAUGGUUUCUUGGCGCUCUACCCUGAGCUGUGUAUCAGUGCACAGGAUAUUUGUGGGACUCAAACGACCCUGAGCGACUCAGAGCAACGAGUCUCCGGCAGAACAACACCUCUUUAUGACCAGGGAGGUCCUGUAGAGAUCUUGCCCUUUCUGUUUCUGGGCAGCGCUCAUCAUUCGUCUCAGAGGGAGCUGCUGAGGCGCUGCAACAUCACAGCCGUCCUUAACGUCUCCUCGUCCUGCCCCAAUCUGUUUGAGCAUGAGCUGAGCUACAUGACCCUGAGGGUGGAGGACAGCAUGGCAGCGGACAUCCGAGUGCUCUUCCCAAAGGCCAUCCACUUUAUAGAUUCAGUGAAAGAAAGCGGCGGUCGAGUUCUGGUCCACUGCCAGGCCGGCAUCUCCCGCUCUGCCACAAUCUGCCUGGCGUAUCUAAUCCACGCCCGCCGCGUGCGCCUGAACGAGGCUUUCGAGUUCGUGAAGCGCCGACGACAAGUCAUCUCCCCAAACCUGGCCUUCAUGGGCCAGCUGCUGCAGUUCGAGACAGACGUUCUGUGUCCUUACACGGUUCUGGACUCGGAGGAUGGCGCCACUGCAUUUCAGUACCUCUGCACAGACAACACAGACCUUUCAUGACCUUUAUCGAGACUGUCUGAUUGCUGGGACUCCCGUCGUACUGUGACAUGUGGCUCGCUUUAACGAUAUUUGACCACAAACAUUUCAUCAUUCAGUCCAUCAUACACAUUCGUUCACUUACGGGAUUCUCUUGAAUCCACAGGAUGAGCCAAAUACAAUGUGUAUGUACCUAGUCUACACGCUAAAGUGCACUAAGCAACUACCUGCACAAGACUUUGCACUAUUUAAUUCUGUGUGUGUUAAACCCAUCUGAGAUCAUCGGGUCAUUAAUAUGUAUUCAUUGGGGCCCAUCAAACUAAUCAGCAAAGAAUACUAAUGUAUAUGAUGAUGAAUACAACUCUGAGAAAUGUUGCUAACACGUUUAAAAAUCUUCAGCUAGGCCUGAGCGAUAUGGCAAAAACAGUAUAUCCGUACGACACUCAAAUAUAUUUCACGUAUAUAGAAAUAUUUAAUUUAGCGAACAAAUCAAUACAGACAAAUGACAAACUUUAUCACUAAUCAUUAUCUGUUUCCAAAGCUACUUUGGGACAGUGUUUUAGAGGUGCUUAUAAAAUCAUACCCAAAUUCUAGUUGCACAAAAGUGAUUUCUGGUCAUAGAUCACAUUAAUCAUGUCACCAUAUUGCUCUUGACUCUUCGAGUCAACGUCAUACAUAACAAUACGUAACGGACAGAGAAACAUCUAGACUUCUUGUGAGGAAUUCCACCAUGUUGAUCUUGCACCAAAAAUGUAGCCUUGUAGCUACGUGAGGACUUUCGUGCCAUCUCAAAACAAAGCACACCGGUUUUGGUUUUGAAUCUCAUACAAUUUUAAUCCUGUGGAUUUACAAGUCAAUAUCAAAUAGCGAAUUAGCUAGCUAGCCGACGUGAGCCGAUCGCUUAGCCGCUACAUUCUCUUCAAGUGGCCUGAUUUCUGUGACUACUGAUGUAGUACGGAAUCCGUCGCAGAUGAGCCGAACAAGCAGACGAGACGACGCGGGAAAGUGCGACACAACUACUGCCUCCUGCAUCCUUUAACCAAAGACGUUAAGAUCCUUUUGCUCUGGAUACGACAAUACCAUCCGACACCGACUCGGUCACUGAGACUGGACCAUCCUUGGUUUAUGUGCAGAUAACUUCAACUCAGGGAGUGACCUAAACAACUGUGAUCUCAUAUUUCAAACUAGACUAAACAUUCUUAAUGUUCAUCCUAUAACACAGUCUUGCGAUAUAUGUUACACGUUCCACAUUUUUUUUGUUACUCAUUCAGAAGGUCAUGUAACAAACUAAGAUUUUUUUUUUCUUUUGCUGUAAAUAGUGUUGAUCCCCUAAACAUGCACUUUAUUUUUAUUUGUAAAUAAUGUGUUUUGAUUUGUUAAUAUUAUUGUAUAAGCUGCCAUAUUCAGUCAUCCAUUAAAAGACAUUUGUCAAA